AUGAAAGACGACAGCAUCGAAGGCAUUUACGACACUCUGAAGCAAUGCGCCCUCAUCUCCAAAUCAGCUGGCGGGAUCGGCGUGGCGGUCAGCUGCAUCAGAUCCACAGGGAGCUACAUCGCGGGCACCAACGGCAACUCCAACGGGCUAGUCCCCAUGCUGAGAGUUUACAACAACACGGCACGUUACGUUGACCAGGGCGGCAACAAGAGACCAGGGGCCUUCGCCAUGUACCUGGAGCCCUGGCACUUUGACGUGUUUGACUUCCUGGAGCUGAAGAAGAAUACCGGAAAGGAGGAACAGCGAGCCAGAGACCUUUUCUACGCCAUGUGGAUCCCCGACCUGUUCAUGAAGAGAGUGGAGAGCAACCAAGACUGGUCUCUGAUGUGUCCCAACGAGUGCCCCGGGCUGGAUGAGUGCUGGGGGGAGGAGUUUGAAAAGCUCUACACCUCCUAUGAGAAGGAGGGGCGGGUCAAGCGUGUGGUGAAGGCUCAGCAGGUGUGGCACGCCAUCAUUGAGUCCCAGACAGAAACGGGCACGCCGUACAUGCUGUACAAAGACGCCUGCAACAGGAAGAGCAACCAACAGAAUCUGGGCACCAUCAAGUCCAGCAACCUCUGCACAGAAAUCGUUGAAUACACCAGCGACGACGAGGUGGCCGUCUGCAACCUGGCCUCCGUCGCGCUCAAUAUGUACGUCACUCCUGAGCAGACUUUUGACUUUAAAAAGCUAGCAUCGGUGACCAAAGUAAUUGUCAAAAACUUGAAUAAGAUCAUAGACAUUAACUACUAUCCAGUGCCUGAAGCGGAGAAGUCCAACAAGCGCCACAGACCAAUAGGAAUCGGCGUCCAAGGUUUGGCGGACGCCUUCAUCCUCAUGCGCUACCCGUUUGAAAGCCCCGCGGCUCAGCUGCUGAACAUUCAGAUCUUUGAGACCAUCUACUACGCCGCCCUGGAGGCCAGCUGCGAGCUGGCCGCUGAGCUCGGCCCCUAUGAGACAUACGAAGGCUGUCCUGUCAGCAAGGGGAUCCUGCAGUAUGACAUGUGGGACAAGACGCCCACCGACCUGUGGGACUGGAAGCUGCUGAAGGAGAAGAUCGCCAAGCACGGGGUGAGGAACAGCCUGCUGCUGGCGCCCAUGCCCACAGCCUCCACUGCACAGAUCCUGGGCAACAACGAGUCCAUAGAAGCCUACACCAGCAACAUCUACACCCGCAGGGUCCUCUCCGGAGAGUUUCAGAUUGUCAAUCCUCAUCUGCUCAAAGACCUGACGGAGAGAGGACUGUGGAGUGAGGAGAUGAAGAACCAGCUGAUUGGUCACAACGGGUCCAUUCAGGACAUUGAUGAGAUUCCAGAUGAUCUGAAGCAGCUGUACAAAACAGUUUGGGAAAUCUCCCAGAAGACUGUACUGAAGAUGGCCGCCGACCGCGGCGCCUUCAUCGACCAGAGCCAGUCCCUGAACAUCCACAUCGCAGAGCCCAACUACGGCAAACUGACCAGCAUGCACUUCUACGGCUGGAAACAAGGUUUAAAGACCGGGAUGUACUACCUCAGGACCAAGCCUGCUGCUAACCCCAUCCAGUUCACCCUGAACAAGGAGAAGCUGAAGGAGGCGCAGGAGCCGGCCAAGGCCACGGAGGAGGAGAUCAAAGAGCGCAACCUCGCUGCCAUGGUGUGUUCUCUGGAGAACCGAGACGACUGCCUCAUGUGUGGAUCUUAAGGUGCCCCCGGGUACCUGCUGAGGCUUCAGGAAGUGUAAAAGACCCUGUUGUGAUGUUACACAUAAGCUCUUCUGACUAUUUGUAUAAAAUUAAUUUUAUCAAAUGUUCUGUCAACUCACAUGGCAAAUAAGUACUUAAUAAAAAUGUUUUUUGUUGGAAAUU